CGCUUGGAAUUUCGCAUUCUGAUAAUAUCGCCGAAGAAGACGAGCAGUAGUGUUGAACCGAGGUAUCAAUGUGUAAACAUUAGCAACCUGUGAGACUCUUGCGUCGCUGGGAUGAAAACCUAAGGUAAAACCCAUAAACACGUCUCUAGUUUUCAAAUAGUUGUUACAAAUAACAUUGUUUAAAUCAUCAGGGGCGUUGACAAGUUGGUUUAGGUUCCAAUUCAUGACAUGAAAACCUGGUUUGUGAUCAGAUACUGAGAUGGGCUUUAAAGGGGUUAUAGAAAACCCUGCACCGCCAGCUCUCUCAAAGAACGAGUUUGUUGUUUGAAAAGUGUUUUAUUCAGUUCUGUCGACUCAGUUUACAUUUUUCAUUUGUGGUGUUUGGGGACUGUGGAUUGCCUCUCAGUUGCUAGCGUUAGCACACAGCGUCCUUAGGCAUCGUCAUUAGGCAUAUCUUCCCUUGUAGAUAACUCAAAGAUUUACUUUUGAUACACGAAUUUUCCCCCAAAACAUAAAUUUUACUAUACUUAGUCCUUUUAUGUAGUUUUAUCUCUCAGUGGGACUUCAUUCUUGUCAUGACCGUAGUAAUCGAUCUGAGCUAACAAGCUAGCUGACUUCGUAUCCGGUGUUUCGCUGUAACGAGUGACCGUGUUAACUGGCGUCUCUCGGCCAAGUAUAGAAAUAGUUAAACGACACACAAAAGCGAAUACCCAAUUCUUUCCUGGACGCCUUUCGGAGGAGAGGCAAAACGUCUCCAAGAACAAGUCCAGUUGCCCUUUCAACGACGAAUGGGACUACUGUGACCCAAAUGAAUAAAAACCUACAUUCGCACAAACACGAAUAGAAUUCAGUUAUAUCUUUCAUUAUAACGUCAAAUUAAACUCCCCGAAUGUGCCAUGAAUAAAAAUCAAAGUAUUCACGAGUAAUAAAUUCACACGAAGCCUAUAUUUGAAUCAACUGUGGGCUCAAUUCGCAACUUACUGUGGUCACUCAUUUACUCGGAACACCUGAUGUGUCUGUCUCGCUAUCUGUUGGGGUUGCUAAAUGACACUUGACCUGCAGUAUUUUUUGUUACUGGUGCAAAGAAUGUAGCUGAAGUUAUUUAAAUAAACCUUUGUUGUUAUAAGGAGUGAAAGAUGUUAUAUUCGGAAGUUAAUGUUUGUCAGUUAACAUUUCAGUGGUCUUACUGAUGGCGUACAAGAGUAUUCAUUUAACUGUCCCGUUUCCUCUCUAAUUGAUCCAGAUCUGUGAGGAAAUUAGGAGUUACUACUUUAAGGCUGAUGCAGUCUGGAAACUCAGCUGCACAGAGCUGCAGCAUGCAGUCAUGGCUGAUUACCAAUCUCAAAGACUGUAACUGUUGUUUUAAAAUAAAUUCAAUAGGGGUUUGGAGAGCCACAGCCUUUAAUAGAAUAUAGAAACAGGCUUUAUUCCAUUCACACACCCAUAACUUAACCAAGUUUAGUUUGCAUUUCAUUUUCUGCACAUAUCUCAAGACAAAGUCAGGGAUAGUUUCACAAAGUGCUUUAAUUUCAGUGUAAUUCUGAGUCCUAUAAAAGUUGCACCAUAUUUCUGUGUUUCCAGUGUUGGUGUAUAAUGUCCUGUGCAGUGCCAGUCCUGUAUGGUUAAUGCUGCCUUUGUGGAGCUUGUUUGCACAAAAAAACUUAUUUUCUGCUAACAGUAGUAGCUGUGUUUUAAGCUUUGCUGUCGUUCUUGCCGGUGCCUUGGAUUUGGUUGAUUAUAUAACAGAAAAGCGCAGCACCUGUUUGACAACAACUGGAUAUUGUAAACUUGAGGGUUCACUUCAGGGCAAUGGUAUUUGAUUGAAUGAAACAGGACAGGUGUGUGUCUGUUUUUAUAUGUUCUGCACACAGUGUGAAAAAAACUUUUAAAUCUGAGUACAGACUCGAUAAAGAGAUUCCUUCAAAUCUAAAGGUUAAUCUGUAAACUGUGUUUCCUCAAGAAAAAAAUAUCCUCAUUUUAGGAUGUUGCUCUCAUCAGCACAGCAAAAGGAAACGUAUAUCUCGACACAAGUUUACAGGAAUUAUUCCCACAUGGUCAGUGUCAGUAUAUCAUGUUUUUGUGCAUCAAAAACUACAUAUUCCACCAGGAAAUUACAAAGGAGACUCUUGAAAAGACUGUGACAGGUGGACCAUAAAGAGACUGACUUUUUUUUUUAUCAUCUUUUUAGGUCAACCUCAACUUGUGGGACCAAAUAUUGAUCUUCAGUGCAUGGACGCAAAGCCAAUGCGCAGGUAUGUGUGAUUUCAGUGUUUAAAGGACUCUUUUCAUGCUACUUCUGCCGGAGGACAUUAUUGUAUAAGGGACAGGUCACAUAAACAAGUGUGAAAGAUCUUGAAAUGGAAAUUUCACUUCUUUUAAAACCUACAGUCCUCUGGUUUUAAAGGUAUUUUCUAGUCUAGAUGUUUUUGAAUUCGUGCAGUUUAUUGCUCCCUUCAGCAGCCAUGAAACAGGCUGUAAGUGUUAUCUCUUCAAGCAAAUGUGUCAAAACUAAGUACACCCGCUGUAAGUGCUUCUUUGGACUUAAAAGGCUUCCUAGUUAAACAAAAUGUCACACAACAUUGCUAGAAAUAUCUAUCUAGAGAUACAUUAUUGUCAAGAAUGCCACCCUUUUUAUUAAACAGAGUGCUGAUUUUAAUGUGGGCAGAUCUAAAAGAACAACAACAAAAAGUCAACCACAGGUCAACUGGAGAGACAAAAUUACUUGUGUUUAUCAUGCUAUUGAUUCAGUCUGAAGAAUAUCGUUGUCUUCUUUACAGCCAGUAAACAAAGUUUCCUCUAAUUCAGAUAUACCAGGGCUCUACACUAGGGAUGGGCAAUAAAUAAUUGCUCACAAUUUAUCGUCAAAAAAAUCCUCCAUGAUAAAUAUUUACCAUCUCAUGAUAAAUACGAUAAAUGCUUGAUGAUGACGUAAGUGCGAGUGACUGACUCGCAGCCAUAGCCCACACAGAACAGAAUAACAAACAAACAUGGCCAUGCAUGCUGAUGAAGUGUUGUCGGCAUACUGUUGUUUUAUGUAAAGUAAAGAUGGACGGUGACUCAAGUUAUCGUAUCUGUAAAAUAUUUGACUGUGAAUAUGAAGUUUGUCUGCAGCAAGCAGUGGCCAACCAGACAGGUAAUUUCUUAUCUAUACAGUGCAUCCGGAAAGUAUUCAUACCACUUCACUUUUUCUACAUUUUGUUAUGUUACAGCCUUAUUCCAAAAUUGAUUAAAUUCCUUUUUUCCCUUAAAAAUUCUACACAAAAUACCCCCUAAUGACAAAGCGAAAAACUUUUUUUUAGAACAUUUUGCAAAUUUAUUAAAAAUAAGACACUCAAAUGUUGCAUAUACAUAAGUAUUCACACCCUUUGCUAUAAAACUCAAAAUUGAGCUCAGGUGCAUCCUGUUUCCACUGAUCAGCCUUGAAAUGUUCCUCCAACUUGAUUGCAGUCCACCUCUGGCAAAUUCAGCUGAUUGGACAUCAUUUGGAAAACACACCUGUCUAUAUAAGAUCCCACAGCUGACAGAGCAUGCACUGUAUAUAAUUUUAAAAGAAGAUACCCGCUUUUCUUCAUCAGUGCCAUUCGGGUUUUGAAUUAUGUGAAUGGGGGAUCCUCGUUCACUGUGUUAUAGGCUAUGUGUGCAGAGUGUGAGUUUGUGAGAUGUAUCCAAUGUAAAGCGCUUUUAGGGUCUCUGAUAAAGCGCAAUAAAUAUCUGAUUUAUUAUUAUAAUUAUUAUUAUUGUUAUCGUUAUUAUUAUUAUUAUCAUUAUUAUUAUUGUUGUUAUAAUUACGUUAUAUCUCAUUUUUUGUGUGAGCUGGCACAACACUGCUGUCUAAGUCAUUGUGGUUGAAAGCAGCCCUGUUUUUUUUCGUCACCUGCUGCUCGGCCAGUGUCUGUCUUUUUCAUCAUCACUAGGCCCGCCAUCUGAUUUGGCACAUCUUAUGUUGGCUCUCUCUCUCUCCACCAUAUGUAGAUUAAUGUUAAUUCAAUAAACAAUGUACUUAUAGAAAGCUAACUACUUAGCUGUGUGUCCUGUAUUGCUGUGAGUGAUAUGCACUCAUAAGCCAGACCAAUUUCCUGACUUCCCAAAACGUAGUCCUGACUUUGUAAUUAGUAGGCUAAAGGUCCUUACACACCGGGGCUGACACGAAUAUAGAACGUGAAAUCAUGAAAUAUUUUGAGGCAAAUUUUGACAUGCCUGACUAUACACAUCAAGCCCGAUGCGAUUUUGCGACUUUCCGGGGGGUAAAAGACGCAUCCCGGGAAGACUUUUCUAGGGGAAAGUCCUGCCUCCUUCACCUCUGAUUGGCUAGAAAAGCUGGAAACAUCGUCACACGCUCAAGCCAAACGGUCAGCACUUAGAGCCAAUCAGAAGCGAAGGAGGGCGGGACCUUCCCUUAAUAACCAGCGUCCCGACUGGAAGCAGAAGGACAAAAAUGGAGUCUACUUCAGCUUCAUGUGAUGGCAAAUUGGUACUCCUUUUGCUUUCUCAAAAGAAAAAGAAACGUAGCUCAUGGGUGCAUCCAAUAUUACAAAAAAGAAGAGAACUUGGUGAGUUUCACUGCUUGUUUGAGGAGCUGAAACUGUACCACGGUCGCGGAUUGUUUUUAGUUCUGAUUAGACAGAACUACUAGUGUUGAGAUGGCUUUCUGUCAUGAUAGCAAAUACUGAGUUGGGGCCAGUACCAGAUAAGCACAUGAAACUAUGGUAACAACCGUUACCUUAAGUUAGCACAGAUGGAAGUUAAAAGAAAGACGUUUAGCAAACUGUUAAAGCACACAAACCAUCAUCAUAUGAGAGAUCCGACGCUAUGACUCUCCACAAGUUGUCCUUCAGGUCGUUAUCUUUGUUAUGUUUGUGUCUUUUAUCAAAAUGCACUCUGUUCUCCGACACGUAAACAAUCAGCUGGUUGGAUACGUUGGAUAAACCCGUGAAUCAGAUGUUGCAAUAAUACGCAAUCUGAUUGGUCAGAAGUGGACACACAGUAUGCAAAAUGUAUGUUUUGACGUAUGAAAACGUCACUGAUGUGAACGCUUGUAUUGACAGGAUACGGGUUCCAAAAAAAAUAUUGGCGUCCGACAAAAACGGUCUCGGUGUGUAAGGACCUUAAGGCUAAUACUGUAUGAAUUUUUUCCCCCAAGGUUGCACAUUAUAAAUUACUUAAUUCCUGCUUGCACAACAAAAAUAUCAUGGGAGGGCCAGUGCAGACUAGAAAUACUCACCCGAAAAUGUGACAAAACCAAGUAAUGACUUCUGUGACUGUUGUGAAUCUUAAUUGGAACGUCAACGUUUACAACAGCAAAGUCAAAAAGCUUCUGAAGGGCCAUCAGCGUCUACAAUGCAAACACAUAAUGUCUGUGGGUCCCUUUGUGCCUUUUUAAUUAUUAUUAUUUUAGUCUUAGAACUCUGGUUUGCAUAGCACGAGUUGAAACUUUGAAGUCUCAAAUCUGAACCCAGAUUAUCCUGAUGAUGUAAUCAGGAUUGUAUGUUUCACACUUUAAGGGCUCAUUACUCCCCAGUUUUCACAGGCUAAACAGCAGACUGCUCUGUGUGUGGAGUUAUCUGGUCUUAAUGUGUCGAAAAAGUGGAGAUCCUCUUUAAAACCACCACAACCUGAUGGACAUAGGCACUGUGUGAGUAAGCUCAAUCUGAUUUUGAUACAUUUUUUAGAGGUUUAAAUGAUUUCACACACACUGAACUAGUUCUGGUAUAACUUGGACUUGUUUUGGGUCAUUAUCUUGCUGUAGGAUGAACCCCUGACCAACUAGGUGCAUACCAAAGGGUACUGCAUGGUGCUGCAGGAUGCUGUGGUAGCCAUUUUGGUUAAGGGUGCCUUUCACGCUGUACAAGUCACUGACCCUGGAUCCAAUAAAACAGCCCCAGACCAUCACAAAAAUCCUGUGUGAUGAACCAAAGAUUCCAAACUUUGAUUCAUCAGUCCAUAACACCUUCUUCCAGUCUUCAGUAGUCCAUUGGCAGUGUUUCAUGGCCCAGGCAAACCUCUUUUUCUUAUUCUGAAGUCUCAGCAAUGGUUUUCUUGCGGCAACUAGACCCAUGAAACCUGCAACUCAAGGUCUUAUCUUCACAGUUGAAACUGAGACUUGCUCACUGCGACCACUAUUAAGCUGUGCUUAAAGCUGUUGUCCUGUGAGCCACUUAUCACGCAAGCUGUUGACUCUCAGAAACUUAACUUCAGAUGCUGCUGUGGCUUUAAGUGUGCCAGACCUCUGCCUAUCAGCAUUUCCAACAGUUUCUGAGUGCCUUUUGAUGGUAAAGGAAACUGUACUCACUGACACUUUGACUUUCUUGGCAAUUUCUCUGGAGGAAAGACCUACAUUUUUAAGUGUUAUGAUGGUCUGUCUCUCUUUUAUCGUUAAUAACUGUCCCUCGCCAUUCUUAUGGUAACACACUAGUUUCUGCAGUACACUCCUGUCUAAACAAUGCUCACAACGGUAUGGUACCACAGUGUGUUCCAACACUACUUUCAUGCAGACAGAGGGGGUUGUAAGUGAUCAAGAAAAGUUGGGACACCUGUAGAAAUUGGGAGCACCAACUUUUAAGGCUUGAUCAACCUCCAUUGCUGCAGAACUGCUUUAAAUUGUUAGCCCAUUUCUUGUUCCCUGAAAAAGUCCUUUUUGUAUAAUUCUUAAAUGUAACAUUAUAUUUCAGCUUUGGUUAACCUUACCUUUUUUUAUUUACCUCUGGCAGUUCACCACUAACCUUUGUAACCUUUUAAAGCUGUUCAUUGGACUUGAACUGAGCUGAAUUUCAAUUUUAAAAAAAAAGGAAAAAUUGGGGUGUUUACAAACUUUUGACCAGUAGUGUAUGUCAGUGGAUUUAAAAUAGUUUUGAAGGUUUCUAAAAUAGAUAAUCUAAAGAAAAGGGCCCUUUUAAGACUCAAGAAUUAGUGUAAGGAGCUUUUUGGACAAGCAAUUGUUAAUGUAAAACUAUAAGAGAACCUAUUUUUACUUUGUGCCUUUAAAUGUGUUUUAACAUUUGUAAAAUACUCUGCACCAUUACCUUAAGAUAAAAGCAAACAAGCUGUGUCAGGAGUUUGUAACAAGGCAGGAAGUUUUAACAAAGAUCUUUCAAUUCUCUUGAUUGCUGACUAUCUGCUCAAUGUUAAGGGCCACCAGCGCACGCCAAGACGCCACUGGAAUGGACAUCACCAGCCGCUGUACCCUGGGGGACCCCAACAAGCUCCCUGAAGGGGUCCCCCAGCCCGCGCGCAUGCCCUAUGUCUCCGACAAACACCCUCGGCAGACCCUAGAGGUUAUCAACCUGCUUCGAAAACACAGAGAGCUGUGUGAUGUGGUGCUGGUGGUGGGAGCCAAGAAGAUUUACGCUCACCGGGUGAUCCUUUCCGCCUGCAGCCCCUACUUCAGGUACUGAGAGAGUCAGCGUUGUAUUAGUGGCUGAUCUGAAAUAUAACAGGGACGUGAAUCUCCUGAAUUACCUGACCUAAUGAAGAGUUGAGUCAUAAGGAGCCAAAGAUCCAUGAGGAUAUUUGCUGGUGUCCAGCUGAAACUCAAUCUGCCAAUUUUAAAAUGCCACACUGUGAAUAUACUCUAAAGUUACAGUAUUUAUGCUAGCUGUUAGCAAUGUUGCCAAAGUCUUGUGGUAAUAUAUAACUAAAGAUAUGGAUAUCAUUAGCUAACCAUAUGAUUGGUGCAUACAGGGUUAGUAGCAGCAGAACAGCUCUCUGUCUUCUCCUUAUUCUGUUACCAAAACUUUAUUCAAUUCUUCAAUUUGCAGCUACAGGAUGGUUAAAAGUUAAAAAGAUCUGAAAAAGGCCUAAAUUGGCAGUGUCUGCACAUAUUGAGUCUCAUUCAUGAUAUGUUUGUGAAUAAAGGUUUUGCACAUAAGACUCAUGAACAUGGAGGAAAACUCUGAUUUGAUCGUAGGCAUGUGUGUAAGGUCAUGAAUGCUGAUUAAUCGUAAACCGCGACAGGGUGAUCCUGCUAUCCAUUAAUAAACAUAAAUCUCACAGAUAACACCAUUAAAGUUAUUCUAAAUAUCCCAUUUCACAUUUUAACUUAAUCUGAAUCUUAAAUCUGCUUAUGGUCAAAGUAUUUACUUAGAUGUGUAAUAUAUUGUUUUUUGUCCAUUGUGAACAUAACAGAUUGCAAUAUGAAUUAAAAGGGAUUUCUGAUAACUAAUAUCUGUAUGUAUUCUUCACUUACACAAACUCUAUGAGCUGUCAGGAGCAGUUGCAGAUUUUGUAAGUAGCUACAAACAAAUCAGAAUUACUAAAAUAUUGAUGAAUGUCAGGUCACCCAUAAAUGUAGGUCUCUGAACGGUUUACUCACAAAGUCAUUCUGCUUAAGUUUCAUGGGACCAAAUAAAAUGCAAGUCCAAUUGAAGUGAUUGAGACAAAACAACCACAUUGCUCUCUAAAACCGCAGUUAAGUUGUAAAGUGAAGCUGUGCUGAAGUUGUGCCUCCUGCGCUUUUUCAAUCAAUGUAUUUGGAUGAAUUGACUUCUCUUUGAUGUGGAUUAAUGCUAAAUGCACAAAAUAAAGAGUUCCCAUCUUAAAAAGAGUAAAUAUACAUCAGAGGGACCCACACCUAUAGUUUGUUCCUUUUGCAGGGUGGCAUUAGUUCAUGCUUUCUGUUGAAACUAACUCUGUACUAUCUGCCAAACAGAUAGAUUUUCGGAAAUAUGUGUUGUGAUUGGAAAAAAAUUGUAAGCCAUGCAUUUGUGCAGUUAAAAUGUUCAAGUUUUGUGUUUAUUUCCCUUCUUUGUUCUUUGCUAAUCACAUGCGUAAUACUAUCUUUUAAUAUUCAUACUCCCAUCAGAGCGAUGUUCACUGGAGAGCUGGCAGAGAGCAGACAGACUGAAGUGGUUAUCAGAGACAUUGAUGAGAGAGCUAUGGAACUGCUCAUUGACUUUGCCUACACCUCACAGGUAACUGCAGCACAGAUCUGUGUUUCUUUUAGAAUUCUUUGAAGGAAUCUAUGACAGGAUAUUCUCUACUAAAUCUUGGUCUCCCUACUUUACAUAAGAGGCGGUUCAAAGAGCAAAAUGUCUGAAUAUGAUGGGUGCAUGUGAAUGUGUCCGCAUUUUAGCAAGUACUAACGAGAGAGUGUUUACUUUUUUUUUUAAUUGGUUGUGAGAAAGGAAAUUAGCCUAAUCAACAAGCAAUGAUGUGGCUCACAUGCAGUGUUGCCAACCUAGUGACUUUGUUGCUAGAUUUAGUGACUUUUCAGACCCCACUAGUGACUUAAUUUUUAAAAAGCGCCUAGCGACAAAUCUAGCAACUUUUUCUGGAGUUUGGAGACUGACAUAAAAGCAGGUAUCGAUAAGUCUCGGUAAGUCUUCUCAACUGGUAGCGACUGUGCACGGAAAAUACACACACACACAUAUACAGACACCCAGAGGAAGACUCCUCCUCUGUUGACUGAAAAAUUAUACAAAUUAGGCGACUGCUUCUUUUAGCAACUUCUAGCGACUCUAAGGACAUCCACUGGUGACUUUUCCUUACUGCCAAGUUGGCAACACUGCUCACAUGCACAAACGUAACAUAAUUUAUUAAUGAAAUCAUAAUUUUUCACAAAGCUGUGUCAUAAUAAAUGUUUUUACAGUUAACUGAUGAUAACCAACAGUAAAACUAAAAGAAAAACUGAGCUUUAGGCUUUUUGUGUAAGCUAGCCACAGAUUACACAAAGGUCUGUUAUAGAAAAUGCAGUUAAUACGGUGCAGCUUUUAUAUACGUGGUGCAGAAGUUCCCAAAGUCAGGGACAUGAAAUAUAGAGUCAUGGAUGUAAAAUGCAAUUAAAGAACAGUUGUGAAUUUCUAGAUGAAACCAUGCAAAUGAUAAUAUCAACAAUUUUCUUCUUUUCUUUGGUGCCACAUGACCCUUGAGGUUAUCAUGACCCACUGAAGACACAAUCAGCUGCAGCAAGUUAAUUUACAGCAGCACAAAAAUUUGUUUGUUUUCUGCAGACCAGCUUGAUGAAACAUAGAAGUCUUAACACCAGUAUGACAAAUACAGGUCUAGGGUAUCCAAAGCUGAAGUCAAUUUCUACUUAUUUACUAAAAGCAGCCACAGGGUGCUACAGCAGAAUUGGAAAACACUGCAGAAAACAGAUUCUGCCUCCGUGCAACCUUUCUAAGCUUUACAACUCUGGCUGCAUGUGACGAGUCUCUGCUGUUCCAGGUGACGGUAGAGGAGGGAAACGUCCAGACCCUGCUCCCUGCCGCCUGUCUCCUCCAGCUGGCUGAGAUCCAGGAGGCCUGCUGUGAGUUCCUCAAGAGGCAGCUGGAUCCCUCGAACUGUCUUGGCAUCAGGGCCUUUGCAGACACACACUCCUGCCGUGAGCUGCUCCGCAUUGCAGACAAGUUCACCCAGCACAAUUUUCAAGAGGUAAGAGCAUGCAGAACAACAAAAAAGGCAACUCUGAAAUCUCUGGUGUCUUGUUAUUGUAGGAAGUUACCAAUAGAAAUGAUCGUUAGUAUGUUAACUGAAGCUGAAAACCCACAGGAUCCUUGUUGGGCAUGUUGUGUCCCGGCUCCAUCGGGCAGCACACCAUCGCCUGCUGGAAGCGUAUUUGGGGCGAGGGUAGGCACCUGCCGCCUUCAGGUGGGGGGACGGAUCCUGAGUGUUGUUUGUGCCAUUGCUCCAAACAGCAGCUUGGAGUAUCCACCCUUUUUGGAGUUCUUAGAAGAGGUGCUGGAGAGUGCUCCUUUAGGGGAUUCCCUUGUUCUGCUGGGGGACUUAAACGCCCAUGUUGGCAAUCACAGUGAGACCUGGAGGGGCGUGAUUGGGAGGAAAAGCCGCCCUGAUCUGAAACCAGAGUGUUGCUUUGUAACUGUUUUUUUGUGCUUUUCACAGAUUGUCCAUAACAAACACUAUGUUCAGACAUAAGGGUUUCCACAUGUGCACUCAGCGCCAGGACACCCUGGGUCGCAGUACACUUAUCAACUUUGUGAUUGUAUCACUGGACUUACGGCCACUUGUCUGAGACACUUGGUGAAGAGAGAGGCGAAGCUGUCAACUGUUCAUCUCUCGGCGUGGAGUUUGUGACCCAAUGGUGGGAGAGGAUGCCGGUCAGACCUGGCAAACCCACACGCAUUGCCAAGGUCUACUGGAAACAUCUAGCUGUGUCUCCCUUGAGAAGUAGUUUUAACUCCCACCUACAAGAGAGCUUCAACCAUGUCCCAGGGGAGGCGGGGGACAUUGAGUCAGUCUGGGCCAUGUUCUCUGCCUUAAUUAUGGAGACUGUCAUUGCGGUAAUACCCAAACCUGUUGGUGGCCACCCGCGGUGAGGGAUGCUGUCAAACUAAAAAAAAAGUCCUAUUGGGCCUUUUUGGCCUGUGAAACUCUGGAGGCAGCAGAUAGAUACUGGCAAGCCGAGUAGAAUGUAGCUUCGGUGGUUGCUGAGGCAAAAAUCCUGACAUGGGAGGAAUUUGGUGAGGCCAUGGAGAACAACUUCCAGUUGACUUUGAAGAGAUUCUGGACCACCAUCUAGUAUCUCAGGAGGGAGAAGAAGUGCACUGUCAACACUGUGUAUGGUGAGGAUGGUGCACUGCUGGCCUCGGUUUGGGACAUCUACCCAGAGUUCCUCAAGACCCUGGAUGUUAAGGGGCUGUAGUGGCUGACACAACUCUGCAACAAAGCUUGGGCACUGGGGGCAGUGCCUCUGGAUUGGCAGGCCGGGGUGGUAGUCCACCUUUUUAAGAAAGGGGAUCAGAGAGUGUGUUCCAACUGUAGGGGACUCACACUCCUAAGCCUCCCUGGUAAGGUCUAUUUAGAGGUCCUGGAAAGGGAGGGUAGUAGGAUAGUCAAACCUUGGAUCUAGGAGGAGCAAUGUGGUUUUGGUCCUGGCUGUGGAACUGUGGAUCAGCUUUUUACCCUUGGCGGGAUUCCUGAGGGUACGUAAGAGAUGCCCAACCAGUCCACAUGUGCUUUGUGGACUUGGAGAAGGCACUGGACCGUGUCCCUGUGGGAAUCUUUUGGGGGCUGCUCUUGGAGUAUGGGGUACCGUACAGAGUGAUAAAGGCUGUUUGACCUUAAGCUCUUGCUAAAUCGGUUCGCAACAUAAUGUGAAGCAGCUGGGAUGAAAAUCAGCACUUCCAAAUCCGAGUCAUGGUUCUCAGCCGGAAAAAGGUGUUGUUCCCUCUCUGGGUCAGAGAUGAGAUCUUGCCUCAAGUGGAGGAGUUCAAGUAUCUCAGGGUUUUGUUACGAAUGUGAGGGAAAAAUGGAGCGAGAGACAACAGACAGAUUGGUGAAGCAUCAGCAGUAAUGCAGAGACCGCACACAUCUGUCGUGGUAGAGAGGGAGCUGAGCUGAAAUGCAAAGCUCUUGAUAUACCAGUUGAUCGACAUUCCAACCCUCACAUAUGGUCACGAGCUGUGGGCAGUGGGUUAUAGAACAGGAUUGUAGGUAUAGGUGGCCUGAAAUGAGUUUCCUCUAUAGGGUGGCUGGGCGUUCCCUUAGAGAUAGGGUGAGAAGCUCAGUCAUCUGGGUGGGGGUCGGAGUAGAGCCGCUGCUCCUGCAUGAUGAGAGCAUCAGAUGAGGUGGCUUGGGCAUCAAACAAGGAUACCUCCUGGACGCCUUGCUGAUGAGGUGUUCAGGGUAAGUCCCACCAGUAGUAGACCACAGGAAAGAUCCAGGACACACUGGAGAGACUGUAUCUCUCAGCUAGCCUGGUAACACCUCUAGGAAGAGCUAGAUGCUGUGGUCAAGGAGAGGGAAAUUUGGGCUUUCCUGUUUAGGCUGCUGCCCCCACGACCUGACUCCAGAUAAGCGGUGGGGGAUGGAUAAAUGGAUGGAGUUUUAUUUUCGAAUUUGCCGGAUUGACUUUAUUCUGCUUACGCUUGACUUCCUGUCUGAUGCUAUCUCCUAUGUUGAGAUUGAUACCUGUUGGAACUGUAGAGUGUUGAAAAUGGGCUUGGUGUGUAUCUUUAGCAUUAACCUCAAUCGCAUGUAUGUAAUUUCAGUGGUACACCAUUGGAGUCGUUGUCAUGUUUUACUGGUACACUGCGUCACAGUGUUUGCAGCAAAACUCAUCCUUUUUCUGUUUAGAAUGGUCCCAUACAACACUUUGUCUUCCUUUCCUCAUAUCUUUUUUUACUUCUAUGGAAGCCCGCUGACGCUAUAUCACUUCCUUUUGUAAAAUGCAGUGGCAGCUGCUGGUCUUUUGAAGGAGGGGAAGCUCAUUUUUCUGGCCUACAUCAUAAUUGUGUUUGUUUAUUUAUAUAUAACAGAACAGUGUCGCCAAACACAACGGCAGUCGUUUUUAACAAAGACAAAAGUCACUGAGGAUCGGUAAAGUCUCCGGAGCAGUUAAGAACAACGGAAUGAAUAACUUGUAAAAUGCUCUGGUAGAUGUUUUAUUCUUCAAGAUCGCUGAUUCGUUUGUUUAGCUGUCAAUCAAAAAAAGAUUUUCGUCUCAGACAGCUCAUCCAAAAAUGGAUGCAGAAGCUCAGCGUCCGCGAGAAAGUUGGGACCGCCCUCUCGUAGUAGAACUCCAGAGACGCUGAGCGUCCGAUGGGCAGGACAAAGCCCAGCAUUUAUCCAAUGAGCGUCUAGUUUUGCUAGCUGAUAAGAAGAUGAAGGCUUUCUAGCGCGUAUUUAGUUAAUGAAAUGUACACACAGCAGUACGUAUUUCACCACUUUUUCUUUUUUUGGGGGGGGUGACAUUUUAAGGGAAGCUGAGCUUCCCUUGCAGUCUUAGAGCAAUCGCCACUGGUAAAAUGUCAAAAUCCUUCCCCACAGUAAUAGUCAACACACACACACACACACAAACACCCUGACUAGACAAAGAGGGUAUCCAAUCUGAUCAGCAGAGGUUGAUCAAAGCUGGAAAGCAGCUGGAGGAUGGAUGCACCCUGUAAACCUCUUUUUUGAUAACGUGAUCAACGUAAUUCUUAAUGAUCAAUUAAUCAAUCAUCGAUUAAUAAUGCCCAUUCCUUGUUGAUACUGUCUGUAGCCACAGUGCAGCGCAAUACUUUCCAAACAUCUAUGUUGGUAAAAAGUAAAACCAACGAUUAACUAUGUAUGGACAAACAGGCCUGUACAAUAACACCCCAUAAUGCAGUAUUAAGCCACCCUGAAUCACAUAAUAAUCUUGAUCAUCUUCUAAAGAAAAUCUCAGUCCUCUGUGCAGCCGGUUAAUCUCUUUAAAGUGUCGCUCCCAUAUAGGAGGGCACUUAAUGAAGUUUAAUUCUAUGACAGUUUUAAGAGAUAUAAAUGUAUAAUUUAGAAAAAUAUUUGGUACAGGGAAUUUUUAGGGUUACUAUCAUCAUCUUCUUACAUUAUUAAAAAGGGAAAAAAUUAAGGUAAAUAUUGUGGUUACACUCAAAAAAGAAAAUAAUACAUACAUCGUUUUUCCAUGCACAUUAAAAUGUAAUAUAGAUGGCUAUUGAAGCCACUGACAUGUUUAAGAGGGAUUUUUGAUGUUCAUAUUGGAGAAAAAGACAUACACUGGAUGAUGCUUUAGGUUUCAAAGCAGAGUAGAUGUUUCUGUUGGAAGUUGUAUUAGAUUAAAAUCAAAAUAGAAUUUACCUUUAACAAAAGUAGGUGACUGUUUAAAUAUGAUGUGCUGUUCUUGGAGAUUGGAAAAUGUGUUUUUAUUUAGAAAAGAUCUUUGUGGCUUCAGCCCAAUGAGAGUCGAUGCUGAUGUGAUGCUGAUUAUUUCUAAAUGCAGUUAAUGGGACUGACUACCUGUCUAGCCAGUAAUCAUCUGUUUUGAAUAGACAGUAAAGGCACACAUUUAAAAUUGAUCAACCAAUGGAAGCAGUUGUGCUGGCUUCCUGAUAACCUCCAGUUGUUUGUUGAAUCGGUCUCUAGAUUAUGAAAUAAUUCUGGCCAGUUUUUAAUCACAUCAUUUAUAUUCAACUUAAGAUCUUGUGUUUGAUCAUUUAGGAAUCAGCUGAUAUCAAGCUUAUCUGAGAUUUGGGUGUUGGAGAACCAAUAAUCAUUACAAGAUGUACAGAGGAUCGAAGAAAUUGUACUCUGUUCGUUUAAACUACAUUCUCACACAGUUGUCUUACCCUUUGCAGCUAUUUUUGUCGCAUUUAAAACAAGUAUUUGUGGAAUUCUUCUCCUGCAGACUUUAAUCAAGUCAAAGAGAUUAAAAAUGUUGUUUGUCAGCUCACGAGUCAAAAGGAACAGGAAACAAGCUUCAGGCAGUUUUAGUUCUGUGGCUUUCUUAGUAACCGACUCACUGCUGAUUUGUUGUUUUCCAUCUUUUUCUACAGGUGCUCUAAGGGGACUACACGCCAAGUCUUUUAAACAGAAAUUAAAAACUGACCAACUGGCUAGUCUAAGAUUAGAAAUGUUCCAAAACAGCCAAGAUUAAAUGUAACUUACCUAACAAAGCUAAAGACAGGUCACAGAGCCUGCAGGCUAAGGAUGCCAAAUGGUUCGCCAACUGUGGCUAAUACUAGCAGAGCGAGUGGCACAAGCCUUUGGUCCUCCCUGUGGGGUAAUAACCACAUGCCUCUACUGGUUACACAUCGCUCUAGUCAAGUCAUGCACAGUGAAAGGGACCAAAAAAACAAACAGUUUUUAUUUUAACAUCUAAGAUGGCUUGACUGAUUGGUGGUGUCCAUUCAGUAGCUGUCAAAUAGAGGCCAUAGACUGUAUGAUAAUAUGGUACAACAACCCUGGAAUUACAGCUGAACACCCAUGCUGUAUUGUGCCUUAUGUAAGACAUACCACAGUAAGGCAGACAAAGAAACUGGGAUGCACCAAUAAAUUGGCUGAGGUUUGACGCAGCUUCACACUGUUGUUGGUAAUGCUAAGUAGAUGGUUUUAAUGACUGAAGAGAGUAAAAUUUACCUUCCCUGUCUGUGUGACAGAGGUGCUGACUGACAGCUCUGCUUCCCGUCUCAGGUAAUGGAAAGUGAAGAGUUCAUGUUGCUGCCUGCCAACCAGUUGAUCGACAUCAUUUCCAGCGAUGAGCUCAACGUGCGGAGCGAGGAACAGGUUUUCAACGCAGUGAUGGCUUGGGUCAAAUACAGCAUUCAAGAACGCAGACCACAGCUACCCCAGGUGUGUAGCUGAAGAAUUACCAAACAACAAAAACUGACUGGUUCUGGUUAAGACGGGUAAUAUUGCUUAAAAACUACCAGAGACUGAUGUAGGUUUCUUCUGUUCUGUAGGUCCUGCAGCAUGUCCGUCUACCACUUCUCAGCCCAAAGUUCCUGGUGGGCACUGUCGGGUCGGAUCCUCUUAUUAAGAGUGAUGAAGAGUGCAGGUCUGUUUGCCAACCAUUACAGUGGAGUAUUUUUCAGUGGGAAAAUGUUACUGGUGCUGAGUUAGAUGCAGAAAUUUAGCAUAUUUCUGUAUUUAAAUUCUCAGACUUAGAAUAAUAUCAAUAUUAUAGAGAAGAGAAAGGUCUCCUUUAUGAUACAGAUAUAAUAGUAACCUUAAAUCACAUGCCUUUUUUCUAUUUCAGAGAUUUGGUUGAUGAAGCAAAGAAUUACCUGCUGCUGCCACAAGAGAGACCUUUGAUGCAGGGUCCCAGAACCCGACCACGGAAACCCAUCCGCUGUGGAGAAGUGUUAUUUGCAGGUCAUUACCUCAUGGCGUUAUUGAAAACUAGAGUUUCCCUCAUGGCAAAAUCGUAAUAUUCCUGAACACGUUGGAGAACACCAAGACUUUUUUCUAUGGUCCGGUUUCUGCCGUCUUGCUGACUAAAUGUCCAUGUUAUUAGUUGGUUUUAUAAUGAAACCAAAAAGGUAAAACUUUAAUUUUAGGGCAGCUCACUCGUGGCAAAAAUCAUUAUCACGAUUUGUUUGAUUGGCAUUGAGAUCACUAUUAUGAAAAACACUCAUGAUUAAUCUGCACCAAAUGCAUGAAAGCAACCUAAAAUCUCUUUAAAACUUAAAAUCUCAUGAUUCUUUUGAAAACAAUCUAAAAACAGUAGAAGAAAACUGCCUUUCUGUCUAACAGGAUGAUGUUUCCUUUUACAGUCACAUAGUGCUACUGAAAGGGACCGUUCAUCCAAGUGAUUUAAGACAUAAGAAGAAGAACCAUAUUUUAUUCCUGAAGGGAAAUUCAAUUGUCUUUUGUCUCAUUUGUCAUGCCUCUAAAAUUCAUCUACGAUUUAUAGAAGAGUUGUAAAGUCUGAUGGCUGUUGGUACAAAAGAUCUUCUGAAUCUUUCUGUCCUGCUGUGAAGAGAGAUGAGCCGUCCACCACCAUUGGCCCUUUGGUCCAUAAAGGUCUUAUGAAGAGGGUGACCCAUAUUCUUUAGUCUCCACUUUUCUCAGUGUAGAUCUCUCCACCACAUCCUCCACUGAGUCCAGCUUGAAUCCAACCACAGUGCCAGCCUUUUUCACCAGUUUGUUUAGACAUCUUGCAUCUUGUUUGAUGCUUCCUCCCCGGCAAAAUGCAGCAUAGAACAGAACACUGUAGACACCACAGACUGAUAAAACAUCUGCAGCAUCUUACUACAGAUGUCUAUUGAUCAGUCUUCUCAGGCAAAAGAGGCGGCUCUGCCCUCUUCUGGAGAUGAGGUCUAUAUUCUUAGACCAGUCCAACUUAUUAUCCAGAUGUACACCUAGGUAUUUAUAUGAUGUCACCACCUCGAUGUCCACUUCACAGGUGUUUCACUGGCUGAAGAGGGGGUUUGGAUCUGCAGAAGUGUAUUUACUAGUGUUGUUAAAAUUUGUAGAUGAUACAUGAUAAAAUCUGUGCAGCUACAACAUAUAAUUGCAAGCCUACUUUCCUAUGACGUAUGCAAUUAGAUCAGUUAUUACCACAGUAAACCAAUCAUAAUAGUGGAUUGCUGCAGAGGAUUUUCUUAGUAUUUCAGUUGCUAUCGUGGCAUGUAACAGAAAGAAGGCAAAUACAGGGAUCUGAUAAGAGCCUUCAGUGACUGGAGUCACAAAAACUGCCUCCUACUCAACACCUCAAAGACAAAAGAAAUGAUCAUACACUUCGGCAGAUCCAAACCCCCUCCUCAGUGAACACUUGUGGUGUGGACAUAAAUCUUUAGGUGUACACCUGGAUAAUACUUUAGACUGGUCUAAGAACGUAGACUUCUCUUCUUUUUUUUCUUCUUUUGCAGCAGUUUGUCUAUUAUCCUCUACUUGUCAUUGUCUGGCACAACAUAAUGUAAUGAUAAUGUAUUUACGGGGAAAUUACAGUUAUUAUUUGAGUCAUUGUUAUUAUAUUAGACAUGUCAUAACCUCUCUUUAUUAAGCUGAACUGGUAGUUAUAGUGGAGGAUUUUGUUGCCAUGAUGUAACCAGGUCAAAACCUUGUUAUUAGGGGACUAUGAAAAGAAGGGUUACCAAUCUGGAAACUAUUUGCAAAAAUCGACAAGAGUAAGAAUGAAAUGUGUUACCUGUGUGUGUGUGUGUGUGUGUGUGUGUGUGUGUGUGUGUGUGUGUGUGUGUGUGUGUGUGUGUGUGUGCGUGUGCGUGUGCGUGUGUGCAUUAAUUUUGUUUUAUUUUGUGCUUGUUUGAUGAUAUUUACUCCCCUCACACUACUCUUUGCCUGCUGUAGUUGGUGGUUGGUGCAGUGGUGAUGCCAUUUCCAGCGUGGAGCGUUAUGACCCUCAGACCAAUGAGUGGCGGAUGGUUGCCUCCAUGAGUAAGCGACGAUGUGGGGUUGGUGUCAGUGUUUUGGAUGACUUGCUGUACGCCGUGGGAGGCCAUGAUGGCUCAUCAUAUCUGAACUCAGUUGAGAGGUGUGACCUCGGGGUUGUUUCAUAGUGGAAGUUAUGGGUAUAUGUUAAGAAGUCAAGUGAGUGAAUUUCAUGUUUUUUUUCCGUCUCUCUUUUGCAGGUAUGAUCCUAAGACAAAUCAGUGGAGCAGUGAUGUGGCUCCUACAAGUACUUGUCGCACCAGUGUAGGAGUGGCAGUCCUCGGGGGAUAUCUGUAUGCUGUUGGCGGACAAGACGGGGUUUCCUGUCUCAACAUUGUUGAAAGGUAUUUGUCUUCUCUGUUCAGAUUUAAAAUUUCAUGUGCAAAUAUCUUGAGUAUGAAGUUAGCAGCUUCAUACUCUCCUCUGUUUGGUGUUUGGCCUAAACUAUGAGAAGGGAGAAGAAGAAAGCAGUGGAAAGCAGGUCUGAAAUGACCAUUUCAAGUGAACCAAAAAGCUUGGUUAUAUAAGAAACCCUCAAGUAGGCCUGGACGAUAUAGAAAGAAAGCAUAUCGAUAAAAAAUAAAUCAUAUUGAUCGAUAUCGAUAAUUAUCGAUAUAAUUAUUAUAAUUAUUUAACAUAUAUUUUAAUUGCAGCCCUGGAUGUUUUAUGCUAUUGCUUAAUGACCUACUUUUAAUAAAGAACACACAAGCACUGAAUUCAAAUUCAAACCUUUAUUCAACCACCUUUUUUAUUUUACCACAACUGAAAGUUUUUUAAAAAAGAACUAAAAAAAAAAGAAAUCAACUUAAGUGGCCUGAGUGACGUCAGUAAAUACUGACAAACAUAAAGACUAAAGUGACCAGAAAAUCUGAUAAAUAAAUAUUUAAAUAGUCUUUUGAUGAAAAUAAACAAAACAAACAAAUAUAUAAAUAAACAGAAUAGCUUUAGGUGGGAAUAGCAUACUACCAGUUUUAACUGUGUGGGAAACUGCCAACAGCCUGGUGUCUGAACACUGAAAUAUUUCUCCCGGGGUCGGGAGAUUUUUUUUUUUUUUAAAUUAUCAUGUGAUUGACUUAAUACACAAACUAAGCACGAGAAGCAGGACUUAUCCACGCCGGUGUUGUGUCGUAGAAUGCACCCCUGCCGAAUGCACCCCCUGCUAGUAGCCAUGAUCCAAAUACUCGCGUCUUUGUAAAAUAUGAGCUCAUUUGAACGUAUUUCCUCCGCACCCUUCUCACCUUUUAAACCCCUGACCCAUUUUCAUGCCUGAAGCGCUGUGUUUGAGAGAUACUUGCGGCCGGGCACUUCAUAUCGCGGGUCGAGAGUGGCUAGAAGCUGGUCGAAGCCAGGCUUUUCAGCGGUAGUUAUUGGCAGUAUGUCCCUCGCUAUGGAGCAUGUUACUGCAUGGGUGAUGUCCUUAUGCCGCUUGGACGCUUUGUCGUAUUUUGGCAAGAAACGAAGUCCAGUUUGGUCUGCUUCACUUGCUUUGUGCUGGUGCUGGCAGCGGUUCCAGAGGAUUCCUCCGACGACGACGUGGAGCCGCGGCGCGGCCGACACAGCUCGUACUCCUGCGGGUGCGAUCGGUUUAGAUGGUAAAACAAGUUGGUUGUGUUACCAGACUUGGUUUUUACUAAUUCUCUGCAAAUUUUGCAAACGACCGCUGUUCGCUUUUUGUCAGACUUCUAAAAACCAAAACAUUGCCAUGCUGGUGAACUACUGAAACCUUUUUUCGGGACAAUGUCCUCCGCUUCUCCUUGCUGUAUCAUUUUUUCUAAUACACGUGCUGUCUGUUGUGGUUUGAUAGGGGCUGGGCUUGGUGCCGUAGCGUACCUAGGUCUGCGUUUGUGAUUGGUUGGGAGGAAGUAAUGACUGUAGUAAAAGCUACAUGAUAGGCUAUGAUGAAAAAGAAAGGGAAACUGUGUUUUUCUAUCGAACUUUUUAUCGACCCGUUUUUUUUCUAUCGCACCACACGUCUAUCGAUCGAUAUAUAUUGUUAUCGAAUUAUCGUCCAGCACUACCCUCAAGGCUAUUUAUUUGCCUCAAGCUUGUCCUUGGAUCCAGACUAUGCAGAGUAUUGUGUUUUACACACUGUGUGCGAAAAUCUGGCCACAGAACUACUGUGAAGUGCACAAUCUGAACACCUUCACAUGCCUCAUUAACCUUCAUUCACCAGCUAUAAAACAAAACUCAAACACAACAAAUCAAAUUUAAAUCUCUACCUUAUUAGUUGAAUUAUUUGAAAAUUUGUGCACAGAGAGGCAGUGCAUUAUGCCAACCGACUGCUCUGAAACAGGGAGGGAAAAAGGAGACCAGUGGUACUCUAAUCAUAUACCAGUGUUUAUAGACAUGUAGCACAUAUCACUGUAUUUUUUAUUUGUUAUUAUAAAACUAAAGCUGUCCAGUAAUAUUCUGUGAGUCAUAGAGGAAGUACAUUAUUUUCAUUGCUAGUUCCAUGUUAACCUCCAUUUACAAAACCAGCACAAGCUGCAGAGUCUGCCAUUUCUUUCAGUGUGGUGAAGAUUUUCUUUAAACUUCAUUUUAAUCAACUUACAGGAGACUGAUGCUGAUAGGUUAUGUGUGCAGUAUGUUUUCACUCACGCAUACUACGCUCUGGCUGACCCUCAAUCCUCCUCUGCCAGUACAGGAGUCACAUUUUUAACAUCUUGUGGGACAGACGAUGACGUUACGCCAAAUUAAGUUUAGUUGUUUAAAAGUCAGCAGAAUGAUAUCUUCUGGCUUUUGUUGUAUACAUUUGACAGCCCAAUUGCCCUCAGAUCCCGCUUCUUCCUCUGUGCUGCUUUGCAGGGGUGUGUCCAGACUUUUUGACUAGGGUGGCAAACUGGAGCUCCGACAUAGGGGUGGCCAAACUAUGAGCAUGUACCCAUUGUCUUCACUAUCUGUUUUAAAUAACUAUCAUAAAAGAUAGUUAUUUAAACUAUCUGUUUAAAUAACUAUUAUAAAAGGGUCCUGUCUUUAAUUUUACAGUAACAAUGUUUUAUAAUUAGGUGUGCAUUAGCUAGUCUAAUGAACCUCAAAUAUAAUUUUAAGGUCUAGUACUAAGACAAGCCAAGAUAGCAGUAAAGCAGUAAUGGCUAAAAAAAUUAAGAUGACUUGAUUAAUUGCCCAAAUAAUGUAUAAAAUAAGAUAUUUGGUUAUUGCAGACCUAAUUGAUGGCAAAUCAACCACUGUGAUGUGAGAAAGAAAUAUGAUAUGGAUGGCCUCAGAAGCUAAGCUGUCUCUAUAUUGCACCAGAUUGCUGUUCAUGUUUCUCCAUUUUGCUUUAUAAGCCUGUGGAUUAUUUUAUAGUUGCUGACAUGAAAUUUUAAAGCUUAUACUGAUAGACUUGCUGCUUCUGUUGUAGAUAUGAUCCCAAGGAGAACAAAUGGACUCGUGUGGCCUCCAUGAGCACCAGGCGACUGGGUGUAGCAGUGGCUGUGUUGGGAGGUUUUCUAUACGCUGUAGGUGGCUCUGAUGGGACGUCGCCAUUAAAUACAGGUGCUGUACUGCAUAUUUAAAUAAAUUUAAUGUCACAGAAAUGUGUAAGAUCAAGAGUUACAAAUGAGAGAAACACACACAGCAUUGGCCUCUGUGCUAUUUCAUUUACUGUCAUCAUUUUCUGAUCUACCAUUAUUCAAAUUUUUACUUUUUUUUAACUUGGUCUUUCUCUUUUUCCCAGUGGAACGCUACAACCCUCAAGAGAACCGCUGGCACACGGUAUCUCCUAUGGGAACCAGGAGAAAGCACCUAGGGUGUGCAGUCUACCAGGACAUGAUCUACUCUGUAGGAGGGAGGGAUGACACCACAGAGCUCAGCAGUGCAGAGCGAUACAACCCCAGGACCAACCAAUGGUCCCCUGUAGUGGCCAUGACCUCCAGACGAAGUGGGGUGAGUAUGUGUGUGUGUGUUGAGUUCAGUUUUUAGGCCCCAUGUAUGUAUUGUAUGUAUGUAUAUAUAUAUAUAUAUAUAUAUAUAAGUGUAAGUUUGUAUCUGUGUGUGUAGGUGGGCUUGGCUGUAGUCAAUGGUCAGCUGAUGGCAGUAGGAGGCUUUGAUGGGACGACGUAUCUCAAAACUAUAGAAGUCUAUGACCCAGACGCCAACACGUGGAGGUGAGUGCAGCUUAAACGUGCAUUUAAAUCCUGCCCCAACCCUUUUAUCCAAACGUCUGAAAUGAGCAUGUAUUUUUCAUAAAUUUGUAAACUUGAUGCCUGUCAACUCAGCCCUUUUAAUGUGAAAAUGCUGGUUGACUCGGAGUGCUCAGCGAGCUACUGUUUUCUGCCAACUCUGCCGUGUAAUUCAGCAAAAUUUUGAGAGACUCAGACCCAAGCUUUAGUUCUCGUUUAAGUCUAUGCUCUACUGAGAAAUUUUUCUGCAAGCCAUCAAAAUGUCUAUUUGAUUUUGCUCUAUAUGCAGACACAACACACGCUCUUUAGCGGGAUCAUUUAGCAUUUAGCGUUCAGUGUUCAGUGGUCUCUGGUUGGUGAUCCUUACAGAUUGCAGUGUUUGGUGAACUGCUGAUGUAUUUUAAUUCAGAAAGAUCCAGAGAUGCUGUUAUUGGCAAUAGUCAGUCCUUACAGCAAGCAGGUUUCUUGGUUUGUUCAAAGUUUGCUCACCUGUUCCACCAGGUAACUGAAGAUCUCUCCUGUUCCCUAAUUCCAGUCGAAGUUUCUCUGCUUUUUACUUAGACUUAGAUCAGAGUCUAAAAUAAGUGGCAAAGUCUGCUCUGUCUGCUGAAAGUGAGCAAUUUAUCUUGAAGGGGGUCAAGACCUCUGGUGUCCAUUGCAGCUCAUACUCUUACGAGCGACAUGAAACUAAAACAGCCUCACUUCAAAAGUGAUGGAAAAACCCUUUAAAUCUUCAGAUCACCCAGGCCAACGAAAUAUGUAAACAUAAGAGCCCAACUAUAAAUUUACUAGAUUUAUAGUCAACAUCAGGAUAAAUCUGGUGAUUUAAAUCGUAGAUUGGCCCAGACUGCUCACGCCCACAUUACUCAUCAUCUAGAGCCUCUCUCAGCAAAUAUUUCUGACAACUGCAAAAAUCAUCAUUUUAGACAACAACCGCAAUCUGGAGAAGCCCUUCAAUUCAUUGGUUCAAUCAUGUUAUUAUCAUGUUAUCAUGUUUUUAGAAGACUUUCCAAAAUCAGUCACUCACUUCGCAGAAAACACUUCGAAACAGUCAUAUGUGCCUUCAUCUCCUCCUACCUGGACUUCUGUAAUUCCCUGUAUUCCUGUCUAUCACAGCAGAGCCUAAAUAAACUACAAUGUCAGCCAGACUCCUGACUAAAACAAAACAGAGAGAGCAUAUUAUCUCUAUUUUAGCCUUCCUCCACUGGCCUCUAGUUCAUUUUAGAGUUGAUCUUAAUGAGAACUUUUAAAACACUGUUCAGACUUGCCCUUAAGCACAUCACUGAUCUCUCACACCUUACAAACCUGGUUGUACCCUGAGGUCUUCAGCCAAGGGUCUGCUGACUCUUCCUCAGUCAAGGCUAAGGACCAAGGGGGACUGUUUUUUUCUGUCAGGGCCCCUGCUCUUUGGGACAAACUGCCUGAGGGGAUCAGAUUGGAAAAUUCCUUAUCCUCUUUCAAAACUCGAUUAAAAACUCAGAAAGUGUGCUUUGAAUGGACAUCAUAACUUUUAACUUAGUAUUUAACCAUUAAUUAAGUCUUAACUCAUUUUAUUUAGUUUUAACUUACUUUAUUUAUUAUUAUCAUAAUUAUUUUUACCUUAUUUAAAAAAAAAACACACACAGUUUAGUUUUCCUCUUUUUUUGAAUUCAAAAUCAUCCCUGUUGACUGACUGUUUUGGAGAUUGUAUUGAUGUCUGCUGCUGUAUGUUCUACUUCUGUUUCUAUUCUUUGAAGCACUUUGUCACUCUGUGUUGAAAAGAGCUGUAUAUAAAAAGUUGUUAAUAUUAUUCUUAUUACUAUUAAUAAAUAAAGCAUAUUGAAAUGAUAAACAUGAUUUAUGUCGGUCCAUGGGCUGCUGCAUCCAUAAAAGUAAGCUCAUGUCUCUGGAAAAGUUAUUGAUGAUAUAGAUGUUAUUAUGACAGCCUUGAUUUUCUCCUUUUGUAUUUCUUACCAAAUGUAAACUUUGUUCCAUCUCCUCCCUCUCUAGGUUGUACGGAGGAAUGAACUAUCGCAGACUAGGUGGCGGCGUGGGUGUCAUUAAAAUGACUCACUGUGAAUCCCACAUUUGGUAACACUAACUCUCCCCCCACUCGCAUACAUGCAGUUGUUCUUCUCAUCACAUUACAGCGGAUGCCUGUGUUCACCAACUCUUGUGCCUCCUAAAGAGACGCUGGGAUUCAUGCAGGGGUGAGAGAAAUGUCGGGGGAGAUGAGAUGGAAAAGCGAAUAAACUUUGAAUCUAGUUCGUCCCCAACCUGCUCUGAGGUCAUCAACUUUAGAGUAACCUGAUUUUCCUCAUUGAUCAACCACGGUCGCCAUGAAGUGCACUGAGAGCUGAAGUCCAUCAAGUACAAUUAAGCUUCCACUUUGGACUGGAUAGUCCUCCUCCUGUCACUACUCCUAAGUUCUUGUCCUCCAAACCUCUUGAUCUAGAACAUCUGAUUUGGUGUGUAAUUACUCUGCUGCAGGGGGAUAAGCUUGUGAAUCUGAGGUUUGAAAAGUGCAAAGACUUUGGGUCAUUAGGCAGAAGGUACUAAUCAGUUAUUCAAGCUGUGAAAGUCUUCUUCACCCUCUCCUUUCUAUGAAAGUGCCAGCCCGUUAUGAUCAGCACCUUCAAUGAGUCAAAAAUUUAAAAAAAUAUAAAAAGGCUGCAGACGCCCAUUUUUCUGGCUGUUCUGUGAGCUUGGUUAAUUCUCUUAAACACUGCACUGCAUAAUUCUUUUUCUGCAUUUUUUUAGUCCUCAAAGCAAACAUCCCAGCUGCUGUGGUUUUGUCCUGAUUUGUAGCCGAAAUAACAGAGGAAUAGAUAGGAACAAUACAAGAGAAAUGCUACCUAACAUCCUCCCCUGUUGCUGAAUGAGGCUCUGCUGCUGCACUUUACUGGAAUUUACAAUUACUAGUGUGCUAGAUUAGGUGUUCAAAGAUAUCGGGUCUAAUUUGCAUAGUUUGGUUAAGAGAUCUAUCAGUGUAGUGAACUAAACUCUCCUGACCCGGACAGAGAGUCAUCAAAUAUUGUUGGUAGCUUAACUUCUUGGUUCUGCAGAGAGUCCUGUAGGCCCUAGUUCGCUAGCCUGGCCGGGCCAUCCUGUUGCAUGAAUCACUUGAUGUUCCUUAACAUCAAGUGAUUCACGCAACAGGAUGGCCCGGCCAGGCUACUAGUUUGCUUCAUACUGUCUCAAAUCAUAACAUUUAAGUCAUAAUCCCAUCAUGAGAACAAACAAAUACAUAUCUAUCAUAUCUAUCUGUUUGGUCAGUUGUUCCCAUGUAUUAUUAUGGUGUUCCAGGUCGUAUAAACUUCAACAUCCUGACAAACUGGGGUCAUUUCACAGCUCACUAACUGGUUAGCGGCCUCACAGACUUAAGAGAGAUUACCAGGAGAGAAAUUGGGUCAUAUUUAAAAAAAUAAUAAUUAAAAUAUGUUUUAGGUAGCACAAAAACACAGCUAAUGUUAGCAUUCAUCAGCUUCCAAGAUCACAAUAACUCAUUUGGCAGAUGAAUACUUUGGAAAUGUUCAUGUUUAUUUUUGUUUCUGUCUGUUCUUACAUUACAUUAGGCCAGUCAACAGUGGCAUGUCGAGUACUGUACAGGGGGACAUCAGUGUUAAGGUUGAAGGAGUGAUCCUGUAAACAUAAGACUGUCGGGCUGUUGCUAUAGCAACCACAUUAUCGUUCUGCUGAAAGUGGCUAGUAUACAGGGCUGCUGUUGUAAGCAAACCAGUAGCCUGACCCUCAUCAUUUUAAGCCUCGAUCUGGGAUCAGAAACCCUGAAGAAGUCCUGAUGUUUGCCAAAGGGCUCAGAAAUAUUUUCUAACUUCAAAUAUGAUCUUAAAUCUCUCACGAUCAUCUCUGUCUUUAGUCUGUGUGGUUGCUCAUCAAUCUGUGAAAUGAUCACAGUAGGUCCGAAUAUUAAGGUUUGUACCACUUACCACCUGGAGCACCAUAUAAUACAUGAAAAUGGUAAACAAGUUUCCCACCCUGAGCGUCUCGCAGUCACAGAGAGAUGACCCCUGUGGGAAUAGGGUCUAUCUGUGUCCAGUUUUGCAGUCCUCAUGCCCAGUAGAUGUGCAUGUGGUUGUGUCUGUCCUACACAAUCUGCAACAGAAACUGUUUCAGACUCUUACUAAUAAAAUUUAAAAUUCAAACACAAUUAAAUUUAAUUUUUCAUCAGCACAACAGCUUUCCUAAAUCGUCUUCAGUACUUGGCCAUUUUUGCUGAAGUCUUUAAAUCUUUAAACACAUAAAAAACACAUUAAACACGACUUCAUGCAAACAAGAAGGAGUAAUACAUUUGAAUGUCACUUUAGCCAGCUGUGGACAAGCACACAUUUGGUGCCUAUGUGAGUGUUAGUAGCAGCAGGGCAGUGCCAUUCAUGUGGGAUUAGGUCAAAUUGAAAUACAGAGUGAUCAGAGAAGUAAAGGGAAAUGUUGCAUGUGCAUUGGUGAGCCUGACUCGUUUAGAUUUAAAUAGUUUUUGAUUAACAAUUGAGUCUUUAACACAGAUUCAUCAGACGUAAUCACGCAUUGAGACUUUUUUUGGUUGUGCACAUGAGAUAUGUUGACAAUCAGGAAAAUCUAGAGCACAAUCCCUACCUUCAUCAUGGCAACUUUAAAGUGGAAUAUUAUUUUAAAAAAGUGUCUCCUGAAAUAACUUAAGUGGAUCUAAUGCAUUGUGUCAUGAACAAUUAUGUCCAGCUAGCUGUGCAGAGCCUCAAUCCCGUAAUGCAAGCAGUGGUUUCAGAGUCACAUUCAAAUUUAACAAACUUUGUAAAUAUUGUAUUGCAGAGCUAAAGGAAGGUUCUUGAUUUUUACGCACUGAUCAUUACUGGCUGAUAGAUCUAAAGCAGCUUCGACAGCACCAAGGCCCACAUGCAGCUCAGAUGUGUCAGAGACCUUUGAGGACACCCUGAAGACAGUUUGGCAGUAUGUGAAGAAGACAAACCUGAAGUCGAAUUACUGCAGCUGAGGGAUUAUUUACAUACGCUUCUCUUUUUGCAUCAAAGUCCUUUCAAACUCUGAACCAGUAACAUGCCAGUCUACUGUCAGGAGUGUCAGUUUUCAAACAUGUUUUUUUGUUUUUAGACCCCCAAUUUAUUAUUAUUAAUCUUCAUCAUAUGAAACCCAGUGUAGUGGCACCACCUGCUGGAGGAUAGGCAAAGUGCAGCACUGACCAAGGUGCUCCUCUCUGCAGAUUUUCAAGUGUGCAGAUACAGUUUGAGCAGAUGAUGAAACAGUUUUGGAUGAAUCUUUUAAGAUUUUAUUGCACUGUGAUUGGAAACCUAUUUUAGAUUUUAACCUUUUUUUCCUUGUGGUAUUUUACAAUGGUUUUGAACUUUCCAGGUAUGGGAAAACAUGUAAAUCAUCAGAGGGGAAUCCGACAUUUCGGGCCUCAUACAGAGUGACAGAUCUCGUUCACAGAUGCAUCACAUCAUGACUCAAUUGAUUUGGGUCACACACGGUUCAUCUCUUUUCUGCACUUAAGAUUGUGUGUGAAAGAAAUGCAAUGACAUUACAGUGAAGGCAAGAAGAUGAUUUAAAGCUGCCUGAUUGUCUCACACAUUAAUGGGCACCUAGAUCCUAACAUAAAUAUUGUUACUGUUUAUUUUAGUCGUCAGUAGAUCAUCAUGAUACAGGUUUUUUUUUUUUUUACAUUUCUUUGUCUGCUCACACAGUUAUGCAAAAUGAUGUUUUGAAAAUGUCCAUGUUAUGGGUACUCACCUGAAAUGUUGACUUGAGUCAUUUCAUGCAGUUUUCUUUGAAGCUGAAACUGAAAAAUGUUUGUUUUCUUUAGGAAACCCUUCCUUUUUUUCAGACAGAAAUCUGUACUGCGAACUGAUGAAGUGUAGUCAACAAUAAUAAUAAUGCGUUUAAUGUUUAUGGAACUAGCAACCAAUGUUUGCUAGUUCCUCAAAACGGUCCCAAAAUAUAUGUUACUGUUUUUUCACUGCCAUAGACAUCCAGUUCAGUCUAAAAGUCCACACGUUACAGCCUCGGUUUUAGAUGAGUCAUGCUCCUGUGAAAUAGCUCUCUUUUGUGAACAAAGUUCCAUCAACUUUCAUUUUUAUCAUUUCACAAUGCUUAUUUCAUCCAAUAAGAUAAGAUAAACAGCUACAGUUCUUAUCCACCAAACUUGAGAGGAACUUUGGCACAUAGACCUCUGAUACUCUGGGAGGCAGAAACCAUCACACUGAAGUUAGCCUCUUAUUUGUAACUUCCAGUUUAAUUGUUAUGGGAAAGGUUGUGGAAACAUGGUCCUGAUCCAGAGCCAUAAUACCUAGUAUCUGUAUUUGUGAAACGCUCAUUCUCUUAAUGAGAGUGCCAGAAAGGGGGAUUUCACUGCUCUCUAGACUACAAAAAAACUGUGGUCCCUAUGAAUAAGUUGUGCCUUAAGUUAAGACGCAAAGUUCUCCCUAAACUUAAACUUAAAGCUCCAGUGAGGAGUUUUUUGGUGUUUAACAAAAUGACCGGUAGUCAUCUUGAGGCUUUUAUGUGAUAUCCCAAAGCAAACAAGACCAACAGCAAUUUUCAUGUGAAAUAUUCACAAUAAAUGACAUAUUUGAUUGUCAAAAGCCAGCGGGAAGAGAUUUUUUUUUUCAGAAGACACUACAUAAGCAUGUUAAGGGCAAGAGAGGCUAAGCCUGCUUUGUCCACAUGAAGCGCCAAAUCUGACACAAACCUCACAGGAGCUUCAAGUUGCACCACAGAGACCUAGCAGGCUGUUAAUGUCCAUCCUAACCAAAAUAUGGUUGCAGAUAUGUUUACCAUCCAAGAAGCCAAUCAGAGAAAAGCUUUUCUUUCUUACGGAGUGUUGAACUAUCUGGUCUGACUGCUUCUAAAAAAGCUAUGAGCUGAUAAUGCUGUUAUACCAUCAACUCCAGUCUUUCUGCUAGAGAUCAUCACUGCUGGGCAGAACCUCGUAUUUCCAUAUUUCCUCAAAUUCUUGUACAUUACUGCCAUCAGUCAUCUUUUACUCCAGUCAGUGAGCUUUUUCACAUUUUAUCCAAUAAAGGGAUUUGAAAGAAGCUUUUGACUGAAUUUCAGAAGUGUUGAGUUGUUUGUAAAACACACUUUUUUUGUAAUCUGCUGAAAUGUUGGGGUUUUGGAGAUGUGAGGUUUUUGCCUGAUAGCAGCAGUUUGUUAGUAUUUCUUAUAUCUAGACCGAUGUGUUCCUGUUUCAACUACAAUGUUCUUGCAGUCUUCCUCAGAAGAGUCAUGGGAUGUUGUGGCAGGAAGGUAUCUGUUGACAUUUUCCCUGUCUAGGAUAUUUGUCGUUGAAACAUGUUGAGGUAAAAAAGGAAAAAAAGAAACACUGGUCUAGAUAUAAGAAAUAGGAAUGUAUUAAUUACAUAGUCAAAUUAAACAAACAGUUUUGGACUACAAUAAUCUAGAUGAUUGAAGCGGCACUCUGUGCUAAAUAUAAUUUAUGGAAAAUGGCAGACCAGAGUUGGUUUACUGCUAAUGAAUACAUUUCAUCUCACACACACACACACACACACACACACACACAAAAAUGGAGAACCCUCUGUGUCUCCUCAUUCUCCAGGUUAUUCCACCUUUAUUCUUUUCUUUUUGAAUGAUGUGCAAUGACAACCUGCAAUCACAGAGGACUUUUUGACUAACUUCGGCUUAGAUUUAAACUGUCUCAGCUGGUGCAACACUGAAAAUGUUUUUAACGUUUAAACUCCACCUAAAGUCAGAACUAACAUUACCCUUGACAAAGUCUGAACUGCAUAGCUGGUUCACCCAGUGCAAGUUCUCAUUCAAGCAGUGAUAUUACCCUUUCUCUUACUUACUACAAAAAAAAAAAGUUCCACAACUCUAAAGCUGUGUUUGAAAGCAUCUGUAGCCUCUCAAAAAAAUUGCUACAAUCUGAAAAGUCUAGGCAUUAUGGUUUUUGUUGAGAUCAUGUACCUGUAACCUUUUCCAUAACAAUGAAUAAGAUGUCACCUUUAACGUAUUGAGAAAAAAUGCAGCCAUGGUUAUAAUUACACCUCAGUGGUUCUGAUUCUGUGGUGACUCUGAUGGUUGACUCUGACCCUAAAUUUUUGAAGCGAUCAAACAUUAAUUGUCCAUCCCUUGAGUUUGAAUCAGCUUGAUUUCUUGAGCUGAGUGGAGUGUCUUUGAAUCAUGUAAGCUACUAAAGAUGUGCAUUGUGAUAGUGAAACAGAGGUCAGUUACAUAUAAAGUGAAGUUUAAAAAUCUGGUUUUGGCAAGCGUCCACGCAGGACACGUCUAACGUAAGUGAAAGAUAAAUGUGAUCCCUUGUGUUUGGUUUAAUGUUUCAAACAGCAUCUGUCAGCAGUCGCUCUGGUCUCACCAUGCUCACUUUGACAAGGAUUAAAGUUUUUCCCUGGGAAAAAAAACAAAAACCACAGAAAAGAACUGUCUCGUUCUUUGAGAGAUCAGCUGGUAGAUCAACUCUAACAAUGUGAAGUAUCUUCUCUGCAGCAAAGUAUCACAGUUUUCACACAAUAUUACUAUUCAGCCCUGGAGCCAUGGCUAUGUACUAUCAAGGUUUUUGAUGUGGUGCAGCAAGUGUUUUUCUCUCACUAAAUCGAUUCUCAGUAACGUCAAGCAGAAAAGACCAAUAAACCCUUUCUUCCUUCAAUCAGAGGCUGUGUCUCAUUUCAGAGACCACAUCGUCGAACGGCACAUUCGAAGUGUGCGUGAUGUCAUCACGCAGCGCAAACGGUGUCCAAUUUGGCUCGAAAUGCUAAGCGCACUUCAAAUUCGUUCUGCUACCACAAUCAAAAACAUUAGAAAUAAGAAAGCUGACUCAAAAAUAAAAUUAAACAGUAAUAUUCCAGAAUGCAAUUUCAUUUUCUUCUUCAAGACUGCCCAUUCUGUGACUAAAUUAAAAAGAAAAAGCAAAACACAUUUAACAUUUAAUGUUCAAAACAUUCUCCAGCAAAAAAGGUAACAAAAUUCAAUUUGAAAUUCGAAAAUUCAAAAGCAUUAGCAGAAAUGCUUUUUCAUUUCAAAGUCAUGGCUGCAAUAUUUGACUCAAAAAUAAAAAUAAAAAGCAAUAUUCCAAAAUGCAUUUUCAUUUUCUUCUUCAAGACUGCUCAUUUUGUGACUAAAUUAAAAAGCAAAACCAAAUUCAGAAAUGCUUUUUCGUUUUCGUGCUCGCCCCACAAAAACUGUCUCAUAAUUCAAUCUGAGUUCGCAAUCUCAAGUGGCGCUGGAAAGUGACGUCACGGACCCCACUCGUUCUGGCCCCUUCUGGCUGAUAGGGGGCAGUGAAUCCGUGUAUCAUUCCUUCAAUUGAUAUUCAAUCAAGAAUCAAAAAACAGAACAUUGAAAUACGGUUCGUUUUCCCUUUUUCCCUUUUUGGAAUGAAAACAAAUGAAUGAAAAUUCAUUUGUUUUCCAAUAUUCCGUCAGUUUACAUAGAUCAACAUAGAUCAUUAGGUGCAUGGGUAGUACUCACAGUACCACAGGCGGUGUGAAAAUGUUUGUGGGAUGCGUUUAAAUACAGCAAGAGGUCAGGUGUCCUGUCCGUGUUACUUGUGUUAUCUCGUGACAGCCUAUACACCUCGCUUUUUGGUUGUAUUCAAUGUUUGUGUGGAUGUCUCCACAACUAUGAUCCACACUUUAAACAAGUAGAAACGAAACACUUCGUGUUAACGAAGAUAUAUUACAAAUACGUCCUCCUUUAAUGUGGAAAAGCGUCCGCUGUCACCACUCAUACUGAUCGCAGUCAGCGUGGAUAAAAUCAAACCGUGGAUGGCGACUAUCUGUUUCAGCGGACUAACGGACUUUAUACUCCUAAUUGUUCUCAUCACUGAUUGAUGGAUUUGGGAUAUUUUGCAAAUAAAGGGCCAUAAACACAGUGAGAAACAGACAAAAUGGUCAUAGAGAUGCCUUAAAAAUACAUGGCACAGAGGCAGAAUCACUGCAGUCUCUGUCCGUGUUAACCUGUGACUGUAAUCAGAUGUCAGCGGUGUGUCAGCUGUGCUGGUCCUUUUACUCACUCACUUACAGCAUGGAGACGUGGACUCUACACAUUUUAUCUAACUAACCUGUGACAACCUGUACACUAAUGCAGGAAUGAAAGUUGGAUGAGGUUCUUACUGUACCUGUAGGCUUUGUACAAGAGGAGCACGCCCAAGUUUGACAAGGUGCUGACUAAGGAUCAUUUGAACAAGAACAAUAAAGAAAGUUGCACACUCUUAUCUCCUCUG